CGCCCCCCGGCCGCGGCGGCGGGCGGGCGCCGGCUCUGGGCGGGACCCUGGCGGGGCCCCCUGAGCGGUCUCUAGGACCCGCGGGACGCCGCCGGCGGGCGGGGUGCGGGGGAGACGGUAAUUUGUUCCGUGGUAAUGAGAGCGGUGACUGCUGGCCGCGGAUCCAUUUCACAGGCCUGCCUCCUCUCGCCAACGAUCUUCCUCGUCCCCGGGCCAACGCGGACAGUUUGCUCGUUCACUGCAACGGUCAAGGCUGGCUCGUGCCAGAGCCGCGCGCGCGCGCGCACACACGCACACCCCGCGGGGGAAACUUUUCUCAAAAACAUGAAAGCCUAGACUCGCUCCUCGGCGGCGCGGGCGCUGCGCGAGGGCUUCGGGGCUGACUCCCUGCGGCAGGACAUCCCUCGGGUCGCGCCGCCCGGGCCCCGCUCGGCGCCCGCGUGGGAUGGUGCGGCGCUCGCCGCCCGGCCCCGAGAGCUGCUGCACCGAAGGCCGGCGACCAUGGCAGCGCGCCCGCCGCCCGCGCCCCCCGCCCGCGCCCUCCUGCUCGCCCUGGCCGGGGCUCUGCUGGCGCCCCCCGCGGCCCGAGGGCUGUUUUCUUUUUGAUGCAGGGGUGAACCUGGGAAACAAAUUAGCACCUUCCAUGCAGCUGGCUGGAAGAAGGGGCUGGGGAGGAGCUUACGAAGUCGUCCAUGUCUCUCUCUUGAAUGGAGACCUCUGGGACCCAAUGGAGAGCAUCCAUGCAAAGAAUCAUCCAGAAGUGUUGAAUUUUCGAAUGCAACUGGAAAGCAAAGAACUGAUCGUACAUCUGGAAAGAAAUGAAGGUCUCAUUGCUAGCAGUUUCACGGAAACUCAUUAUCUGCAAGAUGGCACUGAUACCUCCCUCAGUCGAAAUCACACGGGUCACUGUUACUACCACGGACACGUGCAAGGAUACUCUGGCUCCACAGCCAGUCUCAGCACUUGCUCUGGCCUCAGGGGACUUAUUACAUUUGAAAAUAACACCUAUAUCUUGGAACCAAUGAAAAAUGAAACGAACACAUACAAGCUCUUCCUGGUGGAGAACCUGAAGGGCACCUGGGGAUCCUGUGGAUCACAGCACAGCACGUCUGCGCUCGCUGCAGAGAACAGGCUCCGGCCACCCUCCCAGACGUGGGCAAGAAGGCAUAAAAGAGAGACCCUCAAGAUGACCAAGUACGUAGAGCUGGUUAUCGUAGCAGACAACCGGGAGUUUCAGAGGCAAGGAAAAGAUCUGGAAAAAGUUAAGCAGCGAUUAAUAGAGAUCGCUAAUCACGUUGACAAGUUUUACAGACCACUGAACAUUCGGAUAGUGCUGGUGGGCGUGGAGGUGUGGAAUGACAUCGACAAAUGCUCUAUAAGUCAGGACCCGUUCACAAGCCUCCAUGAAUUUCUGGACUGGAGAAAGAUGAAGCUUCUACCUCGCAAAUCGCAUGACAAUGCCCAGCUUAUCAGUGGGGUUUAUUUCCAAGGGACCACCAUUGGCAUGGCACCAAUCAUGAGCAUGUGCACCGCAGAGCAGUCGGGAGGGAUCGUCAUGGACCAUUCCGACAGCCCCCUGGGCGCCGCCGUGACCCUGGCCCAUGAGCUGGGCCACAACUUCGGGAUGAACCACGACACACUGGAGCGAGGCUGUGGCUGCAGUGUGGCCGCUGACAAAGGAGGCUGCAUCAUGAACCCCUCCACCGGGUUCCCAUUCCCCAUGGUGUUCAGCAGCUGUAGCAAGAAGGACCUGGAGGUCAGCCUGGAGAAGGGCGUGGGGAUGUGCCUCUUUAACCUGCCAGAAGUGAAGCAGUCUUUCGGGGGCCAGAAGUGCGGGAACGGCUACGUGGAACAAGGAGAGGAGUGUGACUGUGGGGAGCCCGAGGAAUGUCUGAAUCUCUGCUGCAACGCCACCACGUGCACGCUGAGGCCCGACGCUGUGUGCGCCCACGGGCUGUGCUGUGAAGACUGCCAGCUGAAACCUGCGGGGACAGCAUGCAGGGACUCCAGCAACUCCUGUGACCUCCCAGAGUUCUGCACGGGAGCCAGCCCACACUGCCCCGCCAACGUGUACCUGCAUGACGGGCACCCUUGUCAGGGGGUGGACGGCUACUGCUACAAUGGCAUCUGUCAGACCCACGAGCAGCAGUGCGUCACACUCUGGGGACCAGGUGCUAAACCUGCCCCCGGGAUCUGCUUCGAGAGAGUCAACUCUGCAGGUGACCCUUAUGGCAACUGUGGCAAAGACUCUAAGAGUUCCUUUGCCAAAUGCGAGAUGAGAGAUGCUAAAUGCGGAAAAAUCCAGUGUCAAGGAGGGGCCAGCAGGCCCGUCAUUGGUACCAAUGCUGUUUCCAUAGAAACGAAUAUCCCACUGCAGGAAGGAGGUCGAAUUCUGUGCCGCGGGACCCACGUGUACUUGGGCGAUGACCUGCCAGACCCCGGGCUUGUGCUUGCUGGCACCAAGUGUGCAGAUGGAAAAAUCUGCCUCAAUCGUCGGUGUCAAAACAUAAGCGUCUUCGGUGUUCAUGAAUGUGUGAUGCGAUGCCAUCAGAGAGGGGUGUGUAACAACCGGAAGAACUGCCACUGUGAGGCCCACUGGGCGCCUCCCUUCUGUGACAAGUUUGGCUUCGGGGGAAGCACAGACAGCGGCCCUGUCCGGCGAGCAGAUCACCAAGGUCUAACCAUAGGAAUUCUGGUGACCAUCCUGUGUCUUCUUGCUGCUGGAUUUGCAGUUUAUCUCAAAAGGAAGACAUUAAUACACCUGCUGUUUACAGAUAAAAAAACCACCAUUGAAAAGCUAAGGUGUGUGCACCCUUCAAGGCCAUCCCGCGGCUCCCACCCGGGUCAGGCUCACCUCAGCCACCUCAGCAAAGGCCUGAUGAGGAAGCCGUCACAUUCCAACAUGUCGAAGGACAAUACCAGGAGGUGGCCCCCGUGUCAGAACGUUGACAUCAGUGGGCCCCUCCAAGCCCAUGAUGCCCCUGUGACUGGUUCACCUCAGCGAGUGCUCCCGCCCCUCCAGAAGGCUCCUCGCGCACCCCUCGUCCCCGCCAGACCCCUGCCGGCCAACCCUGCCCUCCGGCAGGCCCAGGGAACUCGUAAGCCAAGCCCUCCUCAGAAGCCUCUGCCUGCAGAUCCUUUGAACAAGACCAGCCGGCUCGCCAGCGCCUCAGCCAGGACCCUGGGACAGCAGGAGGCUGAGCGGCUCCACCUGGUGCCCCUCAGACCCGCUCCUAAACACCCCCAUCAAGCGCCCAGACCCCCCCACGCCGCCUACACCAAGUGAGAAGCAAGUCGACACCUUUUUUCCGACAGUGAAGACAGAAGUUUGCACUAUCGUUCAACUCCAGUUGGAGUUCGUUUUUUGUACCAACUUUUAGGAUUUUUUUUUAAUGUUUAAAACACCAUUAUUCUCCGAACUUCGAGCUACUGCCGCUGGUGCUGUGCUAUGGUGCUCUGUAUACUUGCUCAGGUACUUGUAAAUUAUUAAUUUAUGCGAAAUGCUGGCUACAGCGCGGUGCGCUGUGGGAGGCAUUUUUACCAUCACUGAGUUUUCCAGGGAAGGAAGGCUUGUGUGCUUUCAGUAGUUAGUGAACUUGAAAUAGCUUGCUUUAUGGGAUUCUGGACAGGAGGUUGACUUUCUGAUCGAGGCUUUUUUGGCAGAACGGUUCCCCAACUAUCCACGGCUGUGGUUAUGGCGCAGACCCAGCUCAGGAGACCCCAGGUAGAACCUUGAGUGAUUCCCUGGGACCCCUGAUCUCAGCCCAGAGCCAGGGCCUUCAAGUCCAGGCUGGGCUGGGCUUUCUGUGAGCCCGGGCCUCAGCCCACCAGCAGCCACACCUUGAAGCUCCAGGACAGGAAGGAAGGCUCUGGCUUCUGACCAGGACGGUCUGGAGAGAACCUGAGUAGCAGAAAGGAAUUUUAAGGUGUGGCCACACCAGGGCAGAAACUUGACCUUGAGCUCGCAGGCUGCGAGCACAUUUGAGGAGCAGGCCAAGACCGUUGCUUUACAGAAACACUGCCCUUCCCACCAUGCUGGCCUCGGACCUUAUUUAGAUGGGGAAGGGGGGCGUUUGUACAAGCAGGCUACUGCCCAGGCACUGCAAACCCCCGGCCCGCUGUACUGUUCGGAGCUGAGCAAAUUACAGUACAAGGAUUCUGCGUUCAGACAGACAGAGGCGGCUUUCCAUGGGACCAUAACUAUUUUCAGAUGUGAACCAGUAACCAGAUCUAGUGAAUCAAUGCUGUAGAUAAAAAUUAGGCAGACUCCCUCUGCCCACAAAAACUAUAACCAAAUGGAACCCCGUGUGGCAGGCAGAGUCUGCCAUCCAAGUUACUAGUCCGUUAUUUAGGGGGCGUUCUAUGUUCCCAGCUUGGCUGUGGCAAUCUCUGAAAGAUAUUUUUAGCAUAAGAUCUGAAUCCUUUUUUUAAACCCUCACAACCUACCUGUUGAGCGUCGCAGAAUGUGAUAAGGAAAUCAAUUUCCUAAUCCUAAAUAUGCAUGAAAUGCGGUCCUGGGUAGCAGCCCCUUCAACCUUUUACUCUUCCAAUGUCUGACUGGGGAGCCGUUUUCACAAGAUCCUGAAACUGCCUGCACCAAUGGCAUGGAAAUUACAAAAAUACUCACACAAGGUAAAAUGCCAUUAUGCCUCUGCCUUCUAGUAGGGUCAUAUGGGACUCGUUUUCACAUUAGAAGGCAGUUGACAACAGUUCCGUAAUUCACUGAGUGUUUUAUGAUAAAGACUUCAGCUGGGGUCAUUUCAACGGUUUUCCUAUGCCUCGAAGCAGAGACAAAAUAUACCAAGAAUCGGUUUGCCUUCCGGAAAACAAGACUGCAUUGAACUCUCCCGGUGUCCUCCACUGUAUCUAGGCAACAUAGUAUUCAUGAUCGCAGAUAAACUGAAUAAAUCCAUGUCACAAACACACAAAAGGGAGCCCAGUUCUACUACAUUCCAUCAUACAAUUCUUAAUUGCUUGAAAAGGCAAAGCCAUGUUAGAAGGUAUUACUGUUGUCGAAUACCUACAGAAUUACUGUAACUGAGAGUACAUUUGGCAACUGUAUCAAGGCCAAAACACAUGCUGUUGAAAGUUUACAGAAUUUUUAUGGUGCAUUAUGUGGGUAUUAUCUUUACAGAUGCCCAGAUCUUUAGAUCUGUCAUUUUAGCCCCUCCUCCUAUUGUGAGGAAGAGGAUGUGAAGUUUGUCUUUUGUCUUUUUUUUUUUUUUUUUAAAUCCUUAGCUAGAAUUCCUGUGCUUCCAUUUCAGAGAACCAGGAAUAUUUUGGUAUUAAAAAAGGUUAACGCUGUGAUCUUACACCAUGUCAUGGAUGACACAUUCCUAUCUCUACAGUACAGAUUGCAUUUACAGAGCCUUGCAAGUUAUUUCUGGAUAAGAACAUGUUUAAACCUAACAUCCCCUGACCAAUAUGCAGAUAUUAAAGGAACAAUACUUCCAAGAUGCAGAACCUAUCAAAUGAAGCAUUUUAGCAAUAAGCUCCAUUUUAAUAUAACUUAGGAAAAGAGCCAGGGGUUUUUUUUUUGGGGGGGGGGGGGGAAGGUGUACCUCUCCCUUUUUAUAUCGUUAUAGAUGUGAAAACAAAAAAAUCAAUACUUAUAUUUCCAUGGCAGUCCAUUUUUAAUAUUUUUAAAGGUUCUAUAGGCGUGCAUAAGGGUUGGCUUGAGUUAAUAAGGCCAUCACUGAGAAAUUUAACAUGUCUAGACCCAAAAUAGGCCCUGAGGGUAGUCACUUUUUUCUUCCCCCUGUCUUGUUACAGUUGUAGGUUACAUGACCCCACUUACUGGGAAGUAUAGGGCUAAUUUUCCAGGCAUGCUCUUUAAAAGUUUAUCUCCUGAAUUUUUUGGUAACAGUUUGUUUUCCUGACACAUGGAAUCAGAUGUGUAGCAACCAAGAGAAACAAUGCAUAACAUUUUCCAUUGUCCAAAUAUGCAUACAGAGGUUACACUUCCCAGUGUGAAUUUUUCCAGCUUACACAUGUGGGAUGACAUCACAGAAACCACAAAAGCAACAAAUUAAACUACAUGAGCAUAAAUACUCCUGACUGGUCUCAGAGGAGACAUUUUUUAUGCCUUCUUAACUUUAUUACGAAUUCUCAGGCUGAAACCAUAGGCCAUUGUUCUCCCGCAAAUCCAUACAACACAAUCGCUGUAUCCCCUCAAAGAGAAACAGCAAAAACUCUGAUCCAUGUGAAGCUGCUCUUAGGAGCCUGUGAUCUCCCCUGGUGCUGCAGAGAGCCUGGUGCUGGGCCAGCUAGAACGCCCGAGCACCUUCCUGCCAUCUCUCAGUUGAUGUUUACUAAGCAUUCUGAGCCAAUACGACCCUGACAAUUAAAAGGGCAAGAUGCCUGGGCAGCUGGGCUGGAUCUUUCUCACGAAACCUGACCCCUUGGCAGUCUUUCCUCAUGAGGCUGAUUUCAUUGAGAACUUCUGCAACGGAGGGCUCCCUUCAGUGUUCUGGAAGCAGCAAGCCCAGGGCAGACUCGCUCUGGAGCUCCUUCCUCCCUGCCAUCAGUAGGACCCCAGCUAGCCACAAGUGACCCAGAUAAACAGGAUACCAACCCUCCCCAGAAGUCUCACGGUGCCGUGCUGACCCCCAGAUGGGACUUCACACGCUAUGGCUGACUGGUGGGAGACACUGCAGCUGCCAUCUUUUGUCCUCCCCACCACCCCAGAGGCCUGCCCCAGGCUGCUACAGUCACUCCCCCCAUGACUCAGGAACAUACACACGUCGGACACAAGCAGCUGAGGCUAGUACGUCUGCCUCUUAGCACCCAGAGGCCGGUCCCUUUUCCACACCAAACCUAGUGCCGAUGCCCCUCCGUGUGACAAAUCUCUGCCUUCAGAGCUCCUGUAGGUCAGCCCGAGUGGGGGCUGGGGCAGGGUGUGGCUACCCCACCAGCCCAGCCACUGGACGCACAAAGCCCACCCUUCUCCAGAGUGGCGGCUCAGAACAAGCCCACCAGCGACGCCCCAGCUUUGAAUCCAGCAGAGCGCUUCCCACAGGCACAUCACCCCCACCCCCAGAAAAUCAGUUCAUCUCCGAUGGCACAAUUCUCUUGACUCACUCUACAGUUUCUGUUGACAUCUCUUCCUCGAAAACCUAUUUGGAAACUCGGAUAGUGAUACAAGUUACACACCAGGAAAGGUCAGUGAGCCCCAGGCUAAGAACCAUUUCUGUGCAGUGAGGAUGCUUCCAGAAGCCAUUUACCUACACACGGAUGGAAAUCCCCUCCUUACUCUUGGGACAGAACUAGCAGCUGACAGUCCAGCCCUAAGAGCCUGUUGCAUAGGAGAAAAACUAGGAGACAAAAUACUGCAUAUAAAAUUGUUAUAACAUUCAAUAAUGGGUAGUGAUAGCCUGGAGAUUUACCGCACAGUGAAAGGAAUUCUCAGUGAGCCUCAGCUCUUCCAGGUCAAAGAGUCGAAUAGUCUGGAACCCAUCCUGAUUUUCCACAUCAUCAGCAAAAAACCUGUCUUACGCUCCCCCUGUGAGUUUCCUUCCAGAAAAUAAUUUAUUCAGUCCUCAAUUUAAGCGCAGUUUAAAUCCAGACAAAAUAAUAAAUAGCUUGUGAUUUUUUCAGUUUCACAAAGAAGCAGAAUGACAUCCAAGUUCAUGGCCUAUAAGCAAGCAUGUAAGUAGGGCAAUGAUAGAAAAAAAAAGUAUCAAAUUAGAAAGACAGAAAAUCCUCUAAGAGUCCAAGGCAAGACGAGGAAUGGCAGACCUUCUAUCAGGUUGAAUUGGGAGGUUGUGGGGAAGACCCAUGGUUUGAGCGUGUCUGGCAACUGUUAAGUAAAACUCUUGAACACUAAGCUGCAGGCCACUCAGCACAGCACACUUACAGCUACGAAAUAGACCAGUUCCUUAAGUUCAUCGUGCUUCGUCCGUUUAUAAUGCUUCAGUCGGCUGUUUUUUUUUCCACAUACCUUUCACGUUACAGUCUGUUGCUUUUGUACACAUUUCUCAUAUUGGGGUUCUACAGGUAACAACCUGCUAUUUCCGUAGAGAAAGCCAUUAAGAAUAUUAUAUCCAAUAAAUGGUAUCCAGGUAAAUAUAAA